CGGCGGGGGCUCCUCUGCCGGUUUCCUAGACCCUCGCAACGAGAAGCACCGUUGCAAGAAGCCAUAAAAAUGGCGACUCCUGCCAAGCGCAAGUCUAAGGGAGCUGAAACCGGAGAGAGCAGUGUUAGUCGCAGCCAGAGGAAACACAGCGCGGCGGUGGCAGAGCCGGAAGGCGGUGGCCAGCGGGAAGGAGCGUCGCCCUUCGUAGAAGGUGCCAUCGUGCGGAUCUCUAUGGAGAACUUCCUGACAUACGAUAACUGUGUGGUGUAUCCAGGGCCCCAUCUAAAUGUGAUAGUGGGAGCUAAUGGGACAGGUAAAUCCAGCAUUGUUUGUGCUAUAUGCCUGGGAUUGGCAGGAAAACCUUCCUUCAUUGGAAGAGCAGACAAGGUUGGACACUAUGUGAAGCGAGGUUGCAACAAAGGAGUGAUUGAAAUUGAGCUGUAUAAAAAUCCAAAAAACCUUAUUAUCACACGGGAAAUAUCUGUAACAAACAACCAAUCUACUUGGUUUAUUAACGAAAAGCUAUCCACGCUCAAAGCGGUAGAAGACCACAUCUCGGCAUUAAAUAUUCAAGUAGGGAAUCUUUGCCAGUUUCUUCCUCAGGACAGAGUUGGAGAAUUUGCAAAAUUAUCCAAGAUUGAUCUACUGGAAGCCACAGAGAAAUCAGUUGGUCCUCCAGGGAUGUACAAAUUUCACUGUGAUCUAAAGAGCUUCAGAAAUAGAGAUCGAGAUCUUGAAAAUGCAAUAAAAGAGAAAACUAACAACCUCGAAAAAAUGAAGCAAAAGAAUGUAAGGUAUGAGCAAGAUGUGGAGAGAUAUUAUACACAUAAGCGACAUCAAGAUAAAAUUGAUAUUCUUGAGAAAAAAAGGCACUGGGCGGUAUACGAAUGUGUUCGUAAUGAGUAUGAAGAGGCGAAAAUAAGUCGAGAUCGUCAGAAAGCAGAACUCAAAGCUUUAAAGGAAAAACUGUCUCCCAUGAAGUGUCAGAUUGAACAGGUUGAGAAAGAAUGCCGAAUGCUGGAUAGCAAAAUCAGCGAGAAGACUGCAGCUAUCAAAGCAGCCUCUGAGAAAUGUAAACAGCAACAGGAUGCUUUGGAGAGAAAAGACAAACAAAUUGAUGAAAUUAAACUAGCUUUCAGGAUUAAGAGAGAGGCAGAAAUGGACCGUCAGAAGAGAAUGGAAAACACUUAUAAGAUGAUAGAAGAUUGGAAAAAUGAGCUUAAAAAUACAGAUAACGCUGAGAAUAUUCAGCCUCAGUUGGAUCAUGUCAAUUCUGCCAUUAAAAAUCUUCAGGAAGAGAGAGCAAAUGUUGAUGGGAGUCUCCAAGAGCGGCACAGACAAAAGCAAAACUUACUGCAAGAAAAAAUAGGGGUAGCUGGUCGCAUUGAGAAGUUUGAGAAUUUGAUGAAUGUGAAGGAGGAGAAUCUGAGAAGGAGAUUCCGAGACACAUACAAUGCCCUUUUGUGGUUGAGACAGAACAAAGACCGGUUUAAAAGGCCUUUCUGUGAACCUAUGAUGCUUGCGAUCAAUAUGAAAGAUCAGAAGUAUGCUAAGUAUGUGGAAAAUCACAUUUCAUCCAAUGACAUGAGGGCCUUUGUCUUUGAAAUCCAAGAAGAUAUGGAAAUCUUUCUAAGAGAGGUGCGUGACAAUCAGAAACUAAAAGUGAAUGCGGUUUGUGUACCUAGUGAAUCCUGUGCUGAAAGCAAACCUUCAAAACCAAUUGAAGAGUUGCACCGGUAUGGAUUUUCCUCUUACAUGCGAGAAUUAUUUGAUGCUCCUUCCCUUGUGAUGAGGUAUUUGUGUUCUCAAUAUCGUGUUCAUGAGGUCCCUAUUGGAACUGAGAAGACCAGGAACAUGAUUGAAAGGGUCAUAAAAGAAACUAAAUUGAGACAGAUCUACACGGCAGAAGAGAGAUAUACAAUAAAAAUAUCAGCUUACACAAAUGAAAUUGUAUCCAGUAAUACAUCACUGAAGCCAGCACAAUUCCUUACUGUCACAGUAGAUGCAGAUGAAAGAAAACAGUUGGAAAAUCAAAAGGCUGAAAUCGACCGUCAUUUACAGUCAUUAGAUAACUGGAUGGCUGAACUAUCUGGGGAACAGAAACUUCUGGAACACAGAGACAAUGAGCUACGACAACAGAAAAAGGAACUUCUAGAACAAAAAAAUAAAAGGAAGCAGUUGGAAUCAAAAAUUAGCAUGAAAUAUGACAGUUUAAGACAGAUGGAACAAGAUGCCAUCAACCUGGAAGAGGAGGCUGAGCAAGAAAGUGAGAAAAUAAAACAAAUUAACAUACAGAAAGUAAAACUUGUAAAAGAAAUUACACAGCUAAUAAAGAUUUGUAUCACUCUGAAUCAACACAAAACAGCUUUGGUUCUACAGAAAACCACAGCUGCUUUUCAUAAGAGCAAAUUGGAGUCUGACUCUAAAGCUGCAACUGUAGAAAUCCAAACUGUAGAGCACCAGGUUAUGGAGUUGGAAAAAGAAAAACACAUGCUUUUGGAAAAGUGUAAAGAAUUAAUGCGGAAAGCUGAACAAGCUUGUGGUCUCCGAGCAGGUGAAAAGGUUCCAGCAGCAUUAAGCGAAGCACUCAAAAGUAGUCCAAAUUCAGUGGAAGAAAUUGAUGCUUUGCUGAGUGAAGAGAAGUCUAGAGCUUCCUGCUUCACGGGCCUCAGCGCUUCUGUUGUUGAAGAAUGUAAAAAAAGGACAGAAGAAAUUGAACAUAUGACACAGCAGCUAGAGAAGGAUCAAAAAGAGUUGGAGAAUUAUAGGAAAAAUAUUUCACAGGUUAAGGAAAAGUGGCUAAAUCCUUUGAAACAGUUGGUUGACCAAAUCAAUGAAAGGUUUAGCAGCUUUUUUAGCUCUAUGCAGUGUGCAGGGGAAGUGGAUCUUCACACAGAAAAUGAGGAAGAAUAUGAUAAGUAUGGGAUUCGGAUAAGGGUUAAAUUCCGCAGCAGCACGCAGCUUCAUGAACUGACUCAACACCAUCAGAGUGGAGGGGAGAAAAGUGUUUCCACAGUGUUGUACUUAAUGGCCUUGCAGGAACUCAACCGAUGUCCCUUCAGAGUGGUAGAUGAAAUAAACCAGGGAAUGGACCCUGUUAAUGAAAGGAGAGUCUUUGAUGUAGUGGUAAAAACUGCCUGUAGAGAGAGCACUUCUCAGUACUUUUUUAUUACUCCAAAGCUGUUACAGAAUCUCACUUAUCACCAAAAAAUGACUGUGUUGUUGGUCAAUAAUGGACCUUAUAUGCUUGAAUCAAGAAAGUGGGACUCAAAGACUUUUCUUAGGAGACGUCGGAGAAUUCAGCCAUGACUAAUCAGCAAAGAUCUUUCUGAUGCCUUUUGGAACCAAGGAGAACAGUUGGAGCAAGUUGAAGAACUUAAUAUUUUUCUAAUAUUUAAAGCACAUCUCUCUUGAAGAAACUGUUGAUGGUCUUCAUUUUAAGUAACCAUAUGUUUCAGCUUUUAUGAUUAUUUCUUUGGGAAGACCACAAGUGUGAAUUCUAAGGAGGAGAAUUUUUUGUAUUGUAGUCAUCCAGUGGUGCAUUUUGGGUUAUAGUCUUUUAGAGCUUUGAUGUAUUUAGAUCUUUUUAAUGUGAGUUGUAAAUGUUCUGAUACAGCUUUUGCAGGUAUUCGUGAACUGGUAAAGAUCUCUGUUGAGCAAGACAGUUUUAACUUGUGUUUCAGUCCAGUAUUGUGCAUUCAAAAGAGACAGUCCAAACUGUUUAAUGAGAAAUUAUAUGUAAUUAAUAUGCAGUACAGGACUUCAAAAAGCGCUUUCUCUGCUUGCCCCUAGAGUAACAUCUUAAUUGUGUUUCAGAAGAGGAAAGGUUUCUGAGAACUGCCAAAGAUCUAAAACGUGCCAUAUCUUCUUAUUGAAAACUCAGUAGGAACUAUUGGCUUGACUCGUGUUUGAUAAUUUUAUACCAAAGACCAUAAGAUGGAACCUGUUUACAAUUUUCCCAUUGUUUUGUUGUUGGAAAAAUAAUCUUCCUCCAUAUGUUGUGAAAAAGUUGUAUAAUAAAUUUAUACUGGAAUUUU